AUGGAGUUUACAAAUUUGCACAACCUGAAGGCUCACAACGGAAAAAUCCGCUGUCUUCUUUGGACCAAUGAAGAUCAAAAACUCAUUUCUUGCGGUAUGGAUGGUGCUGUCUAUGAAUGGGACAUAAACACAGGCAAGACGUUCAGCAGAUAAUCUUAACUCCACUGAAGGUAAAAAAGUUAACCAAAAUCCAAAUAAGUUAGUCUCCUUAUCCCAGAAACUAGCGGAAGAUCGCUCUUCAGCAGAUUACAGUCGAUAAAAUGACGGCCAGUUUAAUGUCCUCCAUAGCCGUCGCACAAAGUGAAAAACAGCUAGUAAAGGGCACGCGAGAGUAGAGGUCUUCGAUCUGGCUUGAUUGUAGGAGGGAAUAUGAAAGUUUGGUUUUGCUUUGCAACUACAUUCUAGUGUCCACGUAGGCUGUUAAGCAGCCAUAAGCAAUGAGCACUUGAAGGGUAUCAUCAACAAAGGCAAUGGGCGCUGGUAAUUAGGCAGCCAUACCAAAAUCGCGGGUCAGAAAACUCGGAUUUGAGCACUAGUCCUUCGGUCACUGAGCCAAGCACUAACUUCAUAUCAACUUUCCAUAUCUUUGCUUGUGAAGCUUGUUGAUUAUAGCGUGUACUUUUGUUGGUGUGGCCAGUGCCAUGUUUGAUUUUUGCAUUCCGCCGGCUGAGAAAAGUGGGAAUUUCCAGCAUGCAUAGCAAUCAGGCAAAUGUCACGGAUAAAUGUACAGUUUCCAAAACCCUGCACACCAGAGGUUUUAAGGUCUAUCUACUGUCUGCAUUCUACAGCAGGCCACGAAUAUUGACGGCCGCUUAAAGAAAUCAUUAUUGUCAUAGGCUCAGGGCACAUUCUAAGGUCGCAAUGGUCCUACCAUUUGGUCACGUGGGAGCGGUUCUAGUGCCAUACACUCUAAUUAAGCGUGAUAUCCAUUAUAUUUCUGGAGCACUAGGAGCGGAAUUACUGAGUAUAAGUGUUGCCUAAGUCCCUAUGUCCACUUCCCUAGAGCACUAGCAUAGAUCCUUAAACGCAAUUUCAGGUGUAACACUGAUGAUUCAUAGAGAUUGUUAAAUAACUGCGAACAAUAUGGCUUUAGAGACAAACCUUUUAAAGUCUCCAGAAAUCUAGUGAAAGGCCCGUGAGGAAUUGUUUAAAAUAUCAGCUGAAUUCCAGACCUUCAAAAUCGCAGUGGUGGAGUCUUCGUCUUUAUUUACAGUCCGCUAGUAUAAACGUUCCAAUCUGUUUCAGUAUAGAAGGCCAGAAGUGAUAUUAAGCCCAGGCCGGAUACCUCUCAAAUCCUGAAAAAGCGUUAGACACAAAUGGCAAAGACAAAAACAUGAUUUAAAAUGUCCAGUAACAAGCAUGUUUGCUAAUUCCUUGCAAAAAAGGCUUAAAGUGCUUUUGUCAGUUCUCUUAAAAUGAUAUACUAACUAUGAGAAAAUAUACAUAACAGUUGUAGGAAGUGAAAAGGGCAUUUUGUAAGGCGAGCAUACAUUGUGCACGAUUUUGCCAGGAUGGUAUUUCAGUAUAACAGCCUGACGUAUCUCAACUUUUUAUUGGACAGUGCAUGAGCAAGUACUGACUAGCAUAUUAUGAGUUUUGGCAUCAGCUGUAGCAUCAGUUCUUGAAUGCGGUGUCUAUUGACCCGCCAGUAUAAGCUCCAUUAAAGUUCGAUUUGUGUAUCUAGAAUUGGUGGCCAUAGGUUUUUUUCUUUUUUAUUUUGCCACCAUUGCGUCUUUUGGCAAAAUUUUUAUUGAUGCCAUUUUCUCCGCAUUGUGGUAAUUGCAAGUUAUUCAGUUAGUAAAUAUUAAUAAAAGUAAGCUUACCAUAUUUUUUUCUAAAAAUUAUCAAAACAUCGCGUGUUUAUUAUGCAACCUCAAGUACUCCUUUUCACCCGUCAACAGGCAGAAGAAUUAGCGAAAAUGUUAUGAAAUCUUGCAGUUAUAGCUGUGUUACCGCAACCAAAGAUGGCUCACGCACAUAUGCCGUGGGAUCAGACAGGAAAAUUAAAGAAAUAAGUGAUUCGACGGUGAGUUUGGUGCUGUGCGAUUACUUUUUAUCUUGGCCAAAACGUCUGACUAUUUCGUCAACCAAACCCGUUUUAUUUCUGGAAGAACUAGAGUUCAUGAUUCCUUAGGUGCAUUUGUCAAAACAUGGUUGAGGUUGUGAGGACCGCCGACAUAUCUGAAAACCGCAUUUUUGGGUAAUAGUUUCAGUCGCAGUAUAGUUUUUAAAGUAAGAAAGAUCGGCCUCCAGGGAAACAGAAGAAUGCAAAAAUCAACGAUUUGACUGUUGACACUAAAAGAGGUUGGGACUGGAAACUAGUCCUUGUUGAACCAGUAUGCGGACUUGCAUAACUUCAAAAGGCCGUCUGAUUCAUUAAAUGUGCCUCAUUUUCCAAAACUGAGCCCCGCAGAUGAGGAAGUUAGCGCUGUUAAACGCCAAAAUAUGCACAAACCAAAACGCCUUAAUUCUCUUCUUAAAUCAGUUUGGCGAGGUCGGUGUGCACUUUGUACAGGUUAGGACCGGCUGAGUUUUCAUAUGGAGAUUCUGAAAGCAAGUCCAUGGCAGACGUAACUUUAGUGUCUCGAGUCAAUGAUCCCCUUCACAAUAUACCAAUUGUUUCUAUCUUCUGUCAUUGUUUAGUGUUGUGAAUAGUUAUGUCAGUGAUAUCGCAUUCUUGUUAGCUUUUGUUUUAUCAUAAGUUCUCCCCAUGCAGUAUUUAAAAUUGUUUGUCAAUUUAGAAAUAAGUUUCAAAAUAUGGACCUCACGAAAGACAACAGCAUUUGUAUCCUGGCGGAUAUGAGGCAAACACUGACAUCUCUGUAGAGACAGUUCAUAUCGGCCAAAUGCGUUUGGGAACUAAUAAGAUGAGGGAGCGGGGUUCUGUGAUGAAACACUGACGAGAGUGUUAACAGGAUGGGACCUUUUACCAAACCCCAAAUAAUCUAGCGGACUCCAAUGGACCUUUGAAAAUAGUUAAAUUUUGUCUAAAAGCCUUUGCUGACCCCGACUGCGUCCUUACGUUUCUUGUUCUUUUCAGAUAGCGUUAGAAGUUGAGUCACCAGACAUGCUACUUACUGCUGUCGCACUGUCAAGCACAGGCAGGAUGCUGUUUUGCGGCAGUAAGACAGGCCAUGUUCGGUCCUACAAAUUUCCAUUUACUGGAAAUCCUGAGUGGGAAGAUUAUGUUGGUCACUGCGGUCAAAUUGUCAAAAUGAGGAUCACCAUGAAUGAUGAGUACUUAAUCACGGUUUCCGACGACAGUUCCAUCAUGGUAUGGGAGUUGCAAGAACGAGAAGGACGCAAUGUGAAGUUGGAGAAAGAGAUUGCCUGGGCAGAGGAAAUACUAAUUACGAAAACUGAUCUGGAGGAGAAGGUGAGUCUCUCCCAGUCCCCAACGCGGAGAUCAUUUACGAAAAACAAUUAGUGUCUACUGUUUUAUCUUAAGUAGCAGUGAUUGUAAACCUAAACCGAUGGUCCUCGGGCGUUGACUGACGAAAAAGCGUUAAAUAAGGUUUACGCCCGGGCUGUCGAGAAGGUAACAGACAACAUCGUGCCAAGUUGACUAUUGGUUGUUUUGGCUAGACGCCUCAUUAGUUUUAAAGGGGUUGCGACUUGCUGAAAUGGCUUCGGAAUGCUACGUAGCAAGUCCCUCAGCGUUUUUGUGUAAUGAGUACAUGUCCCAUUAGAGGGAACUUUGACAUUGAGAUAUGUGGCUUCACGAAAUUCAUUUACCCUUAAGCUAAAUGAGUCACCAAUGCCAGAAAGUCAACUGAGGGGUGAAUUAUGAUGAUAGUGGUGGAUCUAGAUAUAAAGCGAAACUCUUGAAUUUGUUUCCAUAUAAAGAACAUUGCUUGCAUGACUAUCCAAUUCUGCCCUGUGUGCCUGGUAAGUCAGCGUUGUUCGGACAUAGAUUGUAAAAGUGCAUUUUUAUAGUUACUGCGCAGGGAACCGCGUGUGUUUCAGAAUAGACAUUAAAAAAACACAAGUUUUUUUUAUAGUUAAAAAUGUCAAUCAUUGAUUUUGUUUGGACUUCGACAGAGUCGGCGAGGUUUUUUGAACGAACCGCGGUGUUUAUUUGUCGAAGAAAGUUUACUGGCAUUUACGCCGUUCUCUCAAUAAACACACCAAUGUCCAGAGAAUAUUGAGUUAGAUAUAGAACAAUUCUCAGGGUUAUUCAGACAUUUGUGCACAUUAGACCAUAUCAGCGUCUACACGCACGUAUAUUCAAGCAAGCGCCCCAAAAAGUUUCCGAUUUGCACCUUACAUUCGAAGAAAUUAUCCAUUUCUUUUAGGCAGAAAAGUCUUCAGAAGGUGUAGUUUUAUGUGCAUCCUCAUGCGAAAAAGGGUUUCCGCUAAGCACCAGCAGGAAUCUCUAGAAAAAAGAUUUCCUUCUUAUUUGGGAGUGGCUUGCACCGAGUCGCUCUGAUUGAACGAUAAAAUACAGGCCAUUUUAUUUUAUCAUCGAGCUGUUAACAAUAAUCGCAGGGAAACUGGAACGACUGUUCCUCCUACGACUAUCUGACUGGGCUUCAAACUAAGUGCGCCGGCGCACCCGAUUUUGAAGCCAUCGCGCGCUGAUGACGGAUAAUAGUUUAGGAAUGACCGCCUCAGGAUACUUAUGUCGUUGGUGGCUCCCCUUUUUACUUCAAGUUAUAUGCGGAUUUUUAGGGAAUGACCCACGACACAGUAACACAGGAGAUGUUCAGUUGGAAGUUGCCAUAUUGUGAUGCUUGAGCUCUCUGCAUAGUGGAUUUUAUUCCAUCCGGUACUGCGCUUCAAAUUAAGUGAACCUUUCCCUUUGAAAGCAUACUUUCAGAAGUUUUGGUGCAUAUCGAACACUGGUUGCACGAUAUAUCGUACUUGAUAGCUAAAAGCCCAGACACGUUCAUCAACAAUAUUCUGCCGAUAUAUGACAGUUACGAGGGGUUUGACUUACUAGUAGGUCCCCUAGUGUUCCUCGUGUGCUUUCUGGUAGACACAACAGUUUUGAACUCACAACGUUUUUAAUUUUCUCGGGUAUUAUUCAGUUGUGGCAUAUCAUGCAGCCUACGAACCAUAUACAUGUACAUGCGGGAUAACAUUACCGACAAAGAAAAAGGAGACUGGAAUGGCCAUUUCCGGCUUAUUAACCGUCGUCAGCCAGCCAUACACAAACCUGAACACCUGGGGCUCUAUCCCGCGACCUGUCGGUUAGAAGUCCAACGCCUCUAACCACUGAGCCAUGGGCCCGUUGUCCUGUUGGUUGCGCUCGAGAAUAUAUAAUGAUGGAGGGGCGCUCACCGCGGUAUGGCUGGCUGACGACGGCUAAUAAGCUAGAAAUGGCCAUCAUAGUCUUCGCUGUCUUUGUCGGUAAUGCUAAUCUGCCUACAUCAUGCGCCACUUUGCGACUGCUAGUUGGGCUCUAGAGAGGACCAUAAGGCACAACGGGAUGAGUUAGUUCCGUAAAAAAACAAUCGGCGAGCGCCCCGAUACCGUUAUAUAUGUAUAUAUUGUAAAUAGAAGCGAAGGUGCGCGUCCCCGGACAUAAAGUAGAAGAAAAGGCGAUCUCGGGACCGAAAAUUCUGCUAGUAGUGUCCGCGGCUCAUGUUUUUGACGCUGACGGUUUUACUGGAAAGUCCACACAAGUACCGGAAUUUCGACCAUCGUUAUUCAUAUUCCUAAUAUGAUUGCCAUCACUUCCUUCUGGUUUUUUCAAAUGACCCUAGACGCGCGGAUUCACUGCUUGAAGAGUUUGUAUACUCUCGCCUGUGCAAUAUGGAAAAUACGGGGCCAGUAGGAGGAGGGAGGAUGAGAAAUCUUAAUGUGGCAUUCGAAGAUGUUAAAGAAAGCCGAGCACCAAACUGGAAAAGAUGCAUUGUUCCACUUUGUUAGGCUGACGUCCUCGCAGAGUUGGCAUCGUAUGGAAAUAGAGGACAAGAUUGCUUAUCGACGGGUUAUAUAAGUUCAGUAGGUCGUAUUUUAGAUAUCGUCCAAUAUGCGUUAAGUCGAGAUGCACAACGAUCCAUCUCACCUAAUGACUUCUUCAAAUAUAUUUUUAUGCGUCGGAAAAUUCUCCUGGAUAGGUACCCCGUUCCUUCUGACUUAUCCCGGUUCCCAGUUCCAUCAGAUAGAUAAUUUACCUGGUCGUUCCUUUGUCCCCAGUUGUGACUUGAUCCAUCUCUUCUGAGGCCUCCAAAAUAACGAUGCUAUUGUUCUUUCCCAGACUUCCGUCAUGUCUGAAUUGAAGACCAGAGUCGAAGAGCUUAAAAUGGAAAAUGAGUAUCAACUUCGUCUGAAAGACAUGAAUUACAGUGAACGAAUAAAAGAGCUCACUGAGAAGUUUAUCAAGGAGAUGGAAUCGUUGAAGGUGAAGAACCAGGCUCUUCGUAUCGAAAAGGACAAAGAGGAAGCCAAACAUGGUGAGCAACUGCAGGAAGUGAUGGAAAUGCACACCAAGGAGUUAGAAGAAAUUGAAAAGAACUUUAACGAAAAGUUUUUAUCGGAGCACGAGAAAAGCGUGGAGCUGCAGGAAAAGGCACAAAAAAUGCAGGAAUCUUAUGAGAGCCAGAUCAGUGAGAUGACUGCAGCUAGAGACAAGAUGCUGGAAGAGUUAACCAGCUUCUUUGAGAACAAGUUGAAUGAGAAGGGUCAACUGAUGGAGAUCCUGAAGAAGGAAAAUCGGGAACAGGUGAUGGAACACGAGGUAACCAAAAGGCUAAUUGAGGAAGACGCGGAUCGCGAAAUUCUAGAUAUGAAAAUUACCUACGAGCGUCGUCUGCGUGAAGAACGUGAGGCUAACGCUCGAUUACGUGGCGAAUCAGGAAUCAUGAAGAAAAAGUUCGCCAGCUUACAAAAGGAGAUUGACGAUCAUAAGGAAGAAAUUAAAAAGUUCCACGGGGAAACGCAGAAACUUAAUGGGAUAAUCAGAAAUUUGGAGAAGGAUGUCCAAGGCCUAAGGAAGGAAAUUCAAGAGCGAGAUGAGACGAUUCAAGAUAAGGUAGGGUUUGCUGAACUAGGCUUGUCAGAAGUAGUUAAGAAUAUUUAUCUUAAACAAGAGUCAGCAAAUUAAUCGUAGGGCUUUUAAAGCAUGUCUGAAUAAGCAGGAGCUCUUCUAGGCCUAGCCGUGCAGUAGGUAAGGCAUCGUCAAAUUAGUAAUUUAAUGUAGUGAGUGUACUUGUCUAAAUAAAAAUAGAGCAAUCGAUAACGGAGAAUUGUCUGCCUCGCCGGAAGUCAGGCGCGAAUCUCUAGCAGCCUGCGGUGGUCCUACACCCUUAAUGCUAGAUCGAAGGUUACAUGGCUGUAAACACAGCACUGAGGCCGAGCACUUUGGUAAACAGUAAGCAAAUGUUUGCCAUUUGCACCAAUUCCUCAGAGUUUUUAGCUUUCAGUAUAUUUAAGAAUUUUGCGUGCUUGAGUGAGGUCCCAGCACCCGUAAGAUUGCAAGUAGACUCUACCCACAGUGGUUAGAAUGGAAGGACUACAUAUGUGCACUUGCAAAUUGCGUCAGGUAGUGCAACACUAAAUAAAGGCAAGACCCGCAUGGUUACAUAGGUGAGGGAAAAGACAAGUGUAAUUGACGUUGGAGGGAAGGUUCGAUCAUUUGUAGACGUCAGUAAGGCUUUCAUGUGCAGGCCUGUAAACUUCUUUGACAGUUUUAUACUAUAUGCAAAUUCGUAAGUUUGUAUUUUUUCCAACCAAAAGGAAAAGAGAAUCUACGACCUGAAGAAGAAGAAUCAAGAGUUAGAGAAGUACAAGUUUGUCCUGAACUACAAGAUCACGGAGUUAAAGAAGCAGAUCGAACCCCGAGAAACGGACAUUAAAAACUACAAAGAACAAAUUCAAGAGGUACGUAACGCGCAUGGGUCGAACUCCUUCUUUAUUAAAUGUUGUUUUGCUGGAGGCGAUUUGAGCAGAUACGCGAAGGACGCUUUUCUAAACCAUGUCUGUAACGGCUUACGUAUCUUUAGUUAACACAUGUAUGUUGCUUCAGUCGGCAGAACAAGGUAACUACAGUGUGUGUUGGCCGAAAUUCUGAAAUGCGUUUUCCAUUAGGAAGGAUUACUUAGAUGGGUUUGUAAUAUUGAUUAUUGUUUAACAUAAUCCUAAAAUAUUUCGGAUUUGGCAGGAUGUCGGCUUUUGAAUGCCUUUUGUUUUGACCUCCUGCAGAAACCACACUUGGCAAAAAUAUAUUACUUAAGUAGUGUGCAUUUUUCACAUUGAUUUUCGAUAGUCAUACGAAUUCAAGCAUAUUGUUUAGAAAGCAUGCACAAGAUAUUCUUUCUUUUACUCGUUUGGUAUAAGAUCGCAUUGUCUUCAUAUUUUAUAUCCUAAGGAAGAUUAUCUUUUGGUUUUAGAAGUAUUAAGACCAUGUGAUGUCCAUACAUACAACAUCACACAUGUCCGUUUACCAAUACUCCUCAUGAAAUGUACAACAUAGUCCCCAUCCUUUGCCAAAUUUUAUGAACUCUAUAUAGUGUCUUCUCAAAGGCAUAGAGAACUAUGUGAUUUUCCUUACGCGGAAACAUGCACGUUGUAUUCUGAAUUCGCUAAACGCUAAUGCAACGACGGAUCAGGCUCUAAAUUAUUCGAGAAUUGGGACACUUUCUAAACUUAAAUAUACACUUUCCCUAGGCACAAACUAUGAAAACAAUGCGAUCUUCUACCAAACGAGUAAAAUAAAGAAUAUCUUGUGCAUGCUUUCUAAACAAUAUGCUUGAAUUCGUAUGACUAUCGAAAAUUAAUGCGAAAAAUGCCCGUUGCUUAAGUAAUAUAUUUUUGCCGAAUGUGGUUUCUGCAGAAGGUCAAAACAAAAGACAUUCAAAAGCCGACAUCCUGCCAAGUCCGAAAUACUAGAGGAUUAUGUCACACGAUAAUCAAUAUUACGAAACCAUCCAAGUAAUCCUUCCUUAUCGAAAACGAAUUUCAGAAUUUCGGCCAACAUUUCAUGAGAUCGGUCACGCACGGUAAUUUUAGGAGAAUUAUUGUCAGGAAAGGAAACGCACGCUUUCGAUCAAAUGCCUCUAACGCUUUGAGUGGUGGAAAUUCAACCCAACGGUUUUUUAGAAACUUGAAAGGGGUUUACCACCAAGAACAGGGUAACUGAUAUGAACAUUCCCGGCUGGUUUGCUAUCAGUUUCUCAUACUACCUGGGGCAUAAACUUUGAAUCUGAACCACAUGGGAGAGGCGUUCGUCGAUUUAUUCUAAUUACAAAUGCAAUACGGACGAUUUCGUUUUGCUUUAGAACUGCUGUCACACUUUGUAACACUGAAGCCGUGAACUUGAUUCUCAACGAAUCUAAGAUGGUUCAGGCACUGGGACUUUGGGCCUUGUGUUAGGGGUCAUUGGGCAACGACUACAAGUAAAGGAAGAAUGAAAAGUUCAGUCUCUUUUUAUCGAGGAAUUUCGAUUAUCGCUUCCAAGCCGAUUUCUUGGAAGGUAAUGCAAGCCCAACAUUCCGCCCGUGAGUUUGAGUUAGAUUGAAGAGUGGAAUGCAUUUCCGCCAUAAAAUAGUGAUGAUCUUCUUUUGUCAGUGAAUUUUCUGUAAUAAAUUCCGUGAAGAAACCACCCUGUGAAGAAUAUUAUCAAAUUGGCCCGUGAGCGACCUAUUGGUCACAGAUGCGCACAAAUUCGAUUGUAAUGCUUUGGGUUCAUUCAUUUGGCAGUCUGUCUAAGGGGUUGCUCGCAAGUCAAUAGUGAAUGCUGUCGCAAACAGAGUGAAGACAGUGUUCCGAAUGGUUAAAACGUUCAACAACGGAGAUUUCAAGCAGUUUUAUACGCAUUACGAAAAAACUGUUAAGUAGGUGCGCAGAAAUGCGGGCAACUCCUGAAAAAAUAACAAGGGACCUAAGGCAACAAGAGUCAGUCAUAAAAGCUGAUACUCUCGUUCAUUUUUUACGGACAAUAAUAACUACGAAGCAUGUCGUGACUGAAACUGCACGGACAUCGGGUUAUACCCCCAGAAUCACAGACGGAUCAAGAUGUAAGGCCUACAAAGCAAACCAUCCACCAGCUCCGUUAAUGCACAAACGGUUUCCAUAUCUAACUGCCAUUCAACCUAACUUUGCGAUUAGGGGGACGAUAAGAUCCCCAGCUGCGUCCUUUAGCUCGCUCUCCCCUCCUUCUUUCUGUCUGAAGAGCAGGCCCAAACAGUAAUGCAGGGCGCGAGGGCAGCAAGAGGCUUCAGCAGGGUUGAUAAUUGUCCUGUUUGCUUUAGAAAGUCAAAAUAUGGGAAAAAGUAGCCCACUCAAAACUACAGCAGCUGAAAGUGCAUUCCGUUUUUCCUCUGAUAUACGAGUAGAAGAGAGAGAAGCUAACCUGCAAGCGGCCUCCUCAGAGGGCCAGCCCCCGGUACCUCCUUGUUUCCACAUCUUUCCUUAUCAGACACCCGCCGGAAGGUUCAAACCUAACUGACAGAUUGGUCGUUGCGGGCCUCAGACGGCUUUAGCUCGUCUAUUCCCCCCGCACGAAAAUUGCUUCGUAAGAGUAGUUGGAAGGGUUACUUUCAUGUCGUCGGCGAUCUGAAAAGACGAAGAUUCUUUAGGGGAAAGCCGGCGUGAAUUCAUAUAAUGCAUAUGGUCUAAUGAACGUCAUAUUCUAAGACAAGUCCAUUUCCAGGGUCAUAUUUAAAUUAAUCUCGCAAUUGUGAUUCGAAGAACAUUUGGCCUCUGGGUGUAAAGCAAGAGAACACAACAGAUUUCUCUGUAUUCUAUAGAAAAUAAUUAUGUGGAAGUCCUGCUUCAACUCCUAAUCUAUUAGGACAUGUAACCGUUGGACCGAUAUUUCAGUGCAUGGCCAUAUAUUGCUGUGCCUGUAAUUUUUUAAGGAUGUUGGCAUAGCUGUGGCAGUUGGGUCAAAAUGAAUUAUUCAGAAUCCGCCGAAACAUCUACUAAUUACGUGGGCCUGGUAGUCACCUGGUGGAUUCUAGAUGGACUACUUAGGAAAUCCCGCCUGGAUUACCAGUUUGUUGUAUCUGAUUUGGUGGAUUCCAGACGUCGCAGUAGGCUGGGCGAGUAGCUUGACCCAACUGUGAUUAGACUCGCGAAUCUCGGUGGGGCUUUGUAGCCCAGGUGGCUAGACCGUUGGCUGUUGCGAGUUCGAAUCUCACCAAGAUCGCGGAGUUUUUCACAGUUUGGUCAAAAUGAAUUACUCGAAAUCUGCCAAAACACCUACUACUAACUAUGACAGUUGAAGUACUAAGAACAGUAAAUCGUGUGGACAUGUUGCCAGUCGAGACAGGCACGGCACACUGGAUGGAAACACAAAUUAUAAUCGAAAUUUAUAUAUUUAGCAAACGGAAAAAACCAGCUCGUCUGUUUGACCAGGCUUCCAUUUCAAGUGUCCUUAUGAAUGCGUCUUUGAUAUUAUUGAUUAGGACUAACUCAAAAUAGUUUGAUUAGACGUCCUUUUAAGCAAGGGAAAUAAACCUUAGUGCACACUUUUAGAUAGUCAAGCCCCAGGCGCUCUCUACUGGCUCGUUUUCCCUUCACGCACUCGCAUAUCUUACCGCUAUUCGUGAUCGGAGCAAUUCCAUAUCGAGAGUUCGGAGCAUCUGCAAUUGGCAUUCCGAUCAAAAGAUCUAGUGUGGGGCGAACAUCAAAGGCGCUCACCGUUUGUUGGUCGUUUAGACUAUGUAAAUACGUUAAAGCGUCACUAUAUGUGCGCAGUUUACCGCAUAAACGAGUUUUCGUCGCUAAAUGACCGGGAAUCACGUUAUGAAUCCAGCAAAAAUGGUUCGCGAAACCAGCCGCUAUUGAAAAUGAAGCGCACGCGCCACGUUGGUUAAAUGCCGUGAAUUGUUUUCUGACCUAGCACGAAACUGUGGCCAGAUAAGGCAUUAUUUUGGGAUUCACUUUUUUGUCUUCAGAUGGAAUGCGAAUUGGAGCGUUUCCAUAAACAAAAUGCUGCGCUAGAGUUGACCAUCGUGGAGAUGAAACAAAAACGAAAAUCUGGAGAUUUAGAGCUACAGGCUGAGCGACAGGCCACCCGAGAUGUAGAAGCUCUGGUGCGUCGAUUUAAGACCGACCUGUACAACUGUGCUGCCAAGAUUCAGGAUCCAAAGGGCCUCAAGGAGAGCGUGAUUGCACUCUACAAGAGGCACAUUCAAGAUGAUAUGGUGAGCAGUUCAUUUUUUUCAUUUCUUUGCUACCAUGAUCCCUCGCCUCACUUUUUUGCGUCACACUGGGCAAUGACGCUUUGUCAGACACAUAGGCAAAGGAUUUCGAUAGGCGAUUCCACUAUUAUUUUGCAGGUACUAAAAUGGACAGUUUCCUGAAGAUCAUCCCAGGUAUGGCUUUAAAGCUAGCAUGGUGGCGCCUUCCACAGGCCUGACAGUGCAAACCAGUUCGAGUUUUUGGGGCCUUACAUAUGAACUUUUUUUCAUUCCAGAGAAAGUAUAUUUUCCCCUCUGUUAACAAGUAUUUUUUGUCACCAAUAUCACUUAACUACCAAAAAUGACACAUUAAAAGGAUUCACGCUACUACAGAGAACGUGGACGUAUUGCACGUGACAACCCCCGGAACAACUCGCCGAAUUCUGAACACAGAUAACAGUUAAGAGUCCAGAAACGUGCUUCACAAAUUCUCUAAUGUUGUAGAGGACGGCAAAGAGGGACGCGAGUUCGCGAGUUUUCACAGGGUUUUUGAAAGGCUUCCAGUUUUAAAAAGUGCAUUCUUAAUUUCGUCCAAAGUUAAUGAUGGCUCCGGCAAGUUCGCUUCCUGCAGCCUUAUUAGAAGUUCGUUCAUUCAGUUGAUUUGCAGUUAUAAAGGAAAACAGUUACUUCUGUAGAGUUUGUGGGCCUGGUUUGGAAAGGGGAAUUCUUUACCCGAAACCCAUGUCUCGACACAGUGUGCCGCCGGUCACAUUUGACCGGGUGUGUCUGCAUCUUAAAAGGUCCCCCGAAACGAAGGUGAACAGUUUUUUUCGAAGAAGUUUUUAAAAUUUAGAAUGCAGACAAGGCAAUUCUGCAGAAAUAUCCUUGGACAACCAGAGGGAGGAGUGAGUCGAAUUGCCAAACCAAUGCCGACAUUGGCCAGGGCGUAUUUCGAGAUAAAGAAGCGUUCUUAUUACCGGCACUCAGGGGUACUUAUAAACUUAAACGAUCAAUUUCUUCGUUUUCGGCUUGUGUUUACUGCCGAAGUGCCAUAAAGCGCCAACCAGUGCAGGCCUGAUCCACAACUACCAGAUAGCCAACAAUUUCGCGCUAAUUAUCCAUCGUCAGCGCUCCUCAGGUCUUUGUCCUUCAAAAACGCUCUCAUCUGACGUGAGGCUAGGGAACUGAAGAGAUAACUAUAAUCAUAGGAAUCUUGUUAGUUCCAUCAUGACUUUGGAGUCGCAAAAGAAUUUGCCUUCUUCCAGUUCUAACACAAUAAAUUUCCUACUUUAGUUCUUUUCCUCGAUAAUCUUAGGUUUCAUCUAUCAGAGGGUCAGAGAUUAGAAUUUCCUAGUGGGAGCUCCAGCUUUAUUACUAUUUUACUCCCCCACUACUAAUUGCAUUUGGAGAUAUAUUAUCUGAGUGGGGAAACGCCCCAUAUCCUCCAGUACGUUUAAUUAUCCUUUUAGGCUUUUGGGAGGGUGUGAGUACUUAGCGUACACAAGAGACAAGUCAUUUGGAAUGCAGGACCAAAGUCCCUGCACAACAAGCCUUCAAGCUUUAAAUGCUGAUCGAUUUAAGUUCUGUUUUUUAUUGAAUAGAGUUGUUAUUUUUUUGUCUGACGUACCCAAAAAUGCCAGGACAGACAAACAGAGGAGGUAAAUCUCCCGAAAUCGGAAGUGGAUUUCAGCGGGUUGGCUAGAUCACAGAUUUCCGCUAUUAAGGAAUGUAAAUCAUUUCCGCCUCUGUUUCAUUAGAUGAGCUUAAAUGAUCACCGAUCAUGCCUUCUCGCAGUUUCGUCAACUGUAUCAGGCUACAGGUGCGUUGUGCUCUAGAAACACCACUCACUCCAUUCCGGAAGUAUUUAGGACGAGAGAGGAGCAGUCUCCUAUUCUCAAGAUAAACUCAUUGCUGAGGUCUAACGCUUCCUGGCUCUUGAUUAAGACGGUUAGUUGUCCUUGAAUCUGAUGCGGUGGAGGUCUAGCAAAAACCUAAAAGCAAAUUAAUUAGAUGGUAAUACAGAAAAUGGAUUCAGAUAUUCCAAUUUCUAUCAAUAAUUUCUAAAGUUGUACCAAAAAACCGCUCGGAAAAUAUUGAGACAAGUACUGACCUAAAUGGGUCUCAGAGAAAGCUCGCGAGUCUCGAAGGCAGAUGACUAUUAAUACGGAGAAAAAGUUGCCCGGCAAGUUAUUGGGCGGUGUCGAAAGAAACUUAUGCGACUGACUUGUACAUAUUUUGAGAGUGUGUUUAGGGGACCUGUACUUUGGAUGCUCACACUACUAACUGCCAACUUGGUUAGCUUUAAAACAUUUGGGAUAUUGUACGGAAGUUGAUAUCGCUCGAAUCAAGCACAUAUCUUCUUCUUCUGUCGAAAACUUGAUAUUCUGCACCAAACCUUGAACCAGCUCCUCAGGAUACUUUCAGACUAAUUUCUGGCUAGAUACAAAGGGUUUUUUCGUACCAGAAAGCUUUGGAUCACGAAACCCGUGGCAGCUGCCCACGAAUGCCAGCUGCCGUUGGUGGAUCCUCGGAAAACGUAGCUACCAGGUUUUACGCCUAUAGAAACUGUUUCUUUUUCUGACUGGCCACAGACGAAGACUAAGUCGAACCUUUUGUGAUUGCAUUGUGCAGCGGGUGGUUAGACGAGACACGAUUCUUGCAUUUGUCAAAGAGUCUGUUGUCGAUGUUUCCACCUCUAGGCUGCCGUAAUCAGUAGAUGGAAUUUUUGCGUCAGCCAAAGCUGGAUCGAUACUGUCGUGAGCUUGACGGACCUUUACACUGAGUGCCUUUUACAUCGCUCGCCCGAUACUGGGGUUGGAGUACUUCCGGCAAAUAAGCUGGCCGGCAAGGACUUCACUGCUGACGCUAUGUUUUAAACACAGACGGGCAUAGCCAACAAUCGCAAGCUCGUUAACACUACACAUAUUGUCAAUAUCCAAUGACUGCCUUCUAAGUUUGAAGUAGGCAACUCCGGAAUCUGACAAUUUGCUGAACAGUAUUCCCUGGACGGCAAGAAUGGUCCAUGCAGUGGGAUUCGGGAUGAGGGCAUGCAAUCAUCGACCAUCUACGGGGCUGGCAGCAGAGGAAACAGUUUUCAUUGUCCGUUUCCUAGGAUGCUCAUCUAUGGUUCGACAAAUUUGCUCGUCAGCGUCAAGGUCGUUUAAAUCGGAUUUUUUAGACUCCGAAGACUUUAGGGAAUUACUGCGACAAACUGACAGGACUUUGGGUGCCGUUGAAGAUUUUUUGAAGCAUAUUUCGCAGACAGCCUCAGACACAAACGAUUAGCGGAUUGGGCACGGGAAUAAUUGUCCCGCCCGUAUUACGGGAACCCUUGCACUAAAUUCCAGGGAAACACCUAUCUCCAAGUCGUAACGUUACCCUAACCCUCUAACACAAACCCCUCCAACUAUACCCUAACCUUUAACUCCCCUGGAGUGUACCUCACUGUCACCUAUGAUACGGGCGGGGUACAUAUUUCCAUGCUCUGCCGACUCACCAAAUAACCAGCCUCGCCUUUACAGGCUUUGAACUUCUAAUCAACAGGUCGCACGAUCGAGCCCCAGGGGUUGCACACCUCGGACUCGGGUAUGGCUGAAUGAGGACGGCUAAUAAGCAGGAAGUGGCCAUUUUAGUCUCCCUUGUCUUUGACGGUAAUUAUUUUUUGCUUACCUUACGCGCUUUUGUGCAGUUGCUGGCUGGAUCCGAGAGAUAGGAACGCAAGCCGCAACGGGACGAAUGAGUUCCGUAACGUGAUCGAUGUGCGCCCCUGUACCGUUGUGUUCAGUCACAGCCAGCUACUUAUUGCACUGUCUUCAUAUUUGUGGGUUUUUCUUCUUGCUUGCCCUGUGCUUUUUUUAAUCGUGUCAGGCAGCCGUCGGCUUUCAAACGAAUUUUCUGGUAUACAAUUUGACAGUCCGAUUGACGGCCAGCAAUUAGAGGCUCUCGGCUAGCUUUGCCGAUACACAAUGAUAAUAUCAUAUUACGGAGUAAAAGGAGGUUCCCUUGAACGUUUUAACAAGGAGCAAUUAAAACGAAACAAGGUUAUCCCAUUUUUGCGCGUCAUAAAUGGGAUAGAUCGGACAAACGGACAGGUGUUCCACUUAAAGCCAACAGUGAAGUAGUUAACAGCUGCCUCUCAAGGCUCCUUAAACUUGCCUAGUGCUGUCAGAGAGAAAAAACAUAACUAUUAAAUAACUACAAGCCUGAUCUAUUUGGAACUUUUCUUGCAAUUUGGGCUUUAGUCCUGAUUUGAUCACUCACUCCUAACUCUUUAUAUUUCAGCGAGGACUGAUUGAUGGCCAAGUACUGUUGUUAAUAAGUGUUUUGUUACUCACCCUGUUUGUUAAAUUUUCAAAGUUCAAGGGUUUGCUGCAAGCCCCUGAUUACUUUAUAAUUCUACCUACGGUUUAAGAUAGACCAAGUGCCAAACGUGUUCAUAGGUGACUCAAAAUAUCAUGGUUUAUUAUCACUCACUUCCUACUGGUGAAGUAAAGUGAACUUCUGUAAGCUCCCUCUAUGUGCAAUAUAAUUAGGUUUGAGAAUUGGGUAUGCCCAUAAUCACUUUUCAUAUUGGCCCAACUGUGAAAAACUCGGCGCCUCGGUGGGAUUCGAACCCACGCAAUAAGGGGAAGGCUUUAGCACAGCCAACGCUCUAACCACUUGAGCUACGAGGCCCCGUCGGACAACGCAUUUACAAUCCGUUUUCAUAAAAAGUCUUUCGGAGUUGAGUUGUGGAUUGAACCGUGGAAGUUGUUCGUGCGGCUUCCUACACGCAGGUUUCCGUUGCCGCAAAUGCGGUUUUUUCAAACAUGUCUCCUCGUGGAGUGAAUAACUGGAGGACAUUUCAGAUUUCUCGCAGUGCAGUUUCCAACCAUCCACUGUAUAGUUAAGUGUUAUCGGCAUGGUCCGGGGUAAUCCUGAGAAAGUCCCUUGGGUACGGAUGAUCCAGGUGGGCAAAAAGAAACCUUACAUUUAAGAAAAAGGACACGCAGGCGAAAUGAUAGCUCCAGUAGUCUCUUAAGUAAUUCAUUGGAUUUUAGAAGGCUAGCAUGCGCCAAUAGUGCUCAGCCUUCGGCAUAUGUCCCUGGAUGUAAUUGCUUAACUAAUUCACCAGGCAUAAAACGCCCUGACAUCAAGCCUGCAUAACUGGUCAGCAGUCCAGUUUUUGUCGUUAAUUCCCCAACGCUUAGACCGAACUGUGCCCUCUGCUCGUGUUUGGCCGUAUCAGAUACCUUAGACCGUGCAGAAUAAAUGAUGCAAUAUAUGUUCGCCUAUAUACCCCAUAGUAAAACAAACUGCAAAUACCCUAAAUAUCUUGCGGCAACUGCAGUCCUAUCACAGAACUUGGUGCACACAGCAGACCUAGCCCACAAAGUUCUCGUAGUGUAACAGGCGGAAUAUUUGUUCUUUUGACCGUGGAACUUAUCUACUACGGCCACGUUACGCGACUGGCAUAUCUGUUCUUGGGACCACAAAUAAACACGUAAUAUCUUGUGGAGCAUUAUACUUAUGUAAUACGACUUGCUUGCGGCGAACGACUGGCUAUAUUGUGUCUCCCACGUGAGAACUUGGUUGGUACGGCUGAUUUACAAACUCAAUCCAGGACUGAAACGGUGCAGGCAAUCCCCUAGUUUGUGAGUCCAACCUUUGACCUCUGGCUGGCAGCCACGAAAUUCACGACCAGAACCAGCUGCUUGUUGCUGAGAAUUAACAUGGCAUGAAGACGUCAGCACGGUCAGCAACCUACAGGGUAGUGUGUGAAGUCAAGCGAGGAAUAAUCGACGCCGAUAUACGCCCUUAUAAAUAUGUCACAAACACCAACUUGCACAUGGGUUUGCCUGCGGAGCAUGCGGGCAAUUUCCAUGACGCACCGACAGCUGAAAAGAUACGCAAGAGUUGUGUGCAGAGCAAAUCCUUCCCAUUCCAAUCUUCCUUUAGUUACUCCUAAUCAAGACUUGUCUGUGGUUAUGGUGGUUAGAGAAUACCCCUAUCUUUAAGCCGUCACAAGUUCAACAUUUCGGUUAGGUUCUCAUUGUGCCGUUGUGUUUUCGUUGACGAUUGGUUCGAUUAUUUAUGUACAAGGAGGGAAAAUAACUACUGAACACUUUGACGUGGUGGAUACGGUCGUUCGGCUGGCUUAGAGGAAUGAUAUUUCACAUUCCUGUAGCAUUCUGUACCACUGCAGAUCUAUCAGUACGAUUCCCGCCUACUCCCUUGAAGUCAAAAGUUGAUUGGCACGUGUCAAUAGCAACUCUUGUCGGUAAGAGUAGAAACAUAACUUCAGACAACUCCAUACACGGUAAAAUAAGGGCUUGUAUAAAUAAGAAAUGGGAAAAAUAAGUUCCCAAAUAAAACUUCUUUUCUCAAUUGAUUUUGGAUACCUGUGUAGACUACGUCAUAUAGCCUUCAAAGAAGCACAAGUUGUUUUAUUACUCUCAGUGAGCGGCAAGACGUGUAAAAUACGACCUUUAUGUGUCAAAAUCUUUUACACCUAUCAGAUGGCCUGUUCAUAGGCACGCAAAAAGUUUUUUAAAACUCUUUUAGAGAAAACGCAUAGAAAUUUGGCUUGAAAACCGAAAUAUUCCUUCUCGCCGUGUAAUAACCAUAAAGUUUGCAUAAUUUCUCACAAAAUGAACAUACACAAUGAAAAUCACGUGCAUGUAGUCAUACAAUCACUGGAAAUCAGCGGAUACAAUACCUACUACCUAAUUAUAAAUAUUUGCCAAUGUAAUUUACACAGAUGGCCCGAACGAUGGGCCAGAAGCCAACGAGUUCCGUCUAGCUAUACAGCUUGGAUUAUGUUUUAUGCCGAUCGGUACGUUCUAAACGGACGUAUCACAAUGGAGUUUCAGGAGCGUAAGAAUUACGGUAGUCUCUUCUUUAACAAUGUGCACAACCAUCUGCUCCUAUUUUGUGUUAUACAGUUGUACCCAAAACGUUCGCGCUUCUGAAUCUGUGGCUUCACGAACGCACGCAUUUUUUUCUUGUGGCCUAGCACUCUAAAUUUACGUAGCAUUCAGUGGCUCAUGUCCAAAUCACUGUCUCAUAUCUCUCUCAUUUGACUAAGGCACGUAUGUCUUUUGCUGCGCGAGAGCAUCUCUGAAUAAAUGAGCUGCCGCGCCUCUGUGAGCGCGUAUGUUAAAGUGUCUGAUGAUAUCUGGUGCCUUUGAGAAAUGAUGCGAUGAGCUCCGAUGUUCUUUUAAUUAUGCCCAGAACUUCAAGGGCGACGCCUUAUUGCAGAAGACAAAAAAAGCAAUUAGAUUCAGAGAGAAGGUCAGUUCCACUUAUCUCCACCCCUCCCCCCCCCAACUAUCACACUCCCGGAAACGUCCGUCUCCGCUUACAAAUUGAGGAAAUUCCGGGUGGAGAGACGCUGGGUACCUAUAGUGUAUCCGCGAAGACUCAGUAAUGUCGACUAGAUGAAAGCCGACAGAUAGGGCUGCGCAUUUUGGUGUUGCGCCGAGGCCGCAAAAUUAAUCACGGCAGGCAGCUAAGGGUCCGGAAUAGUAAACGACCUUUGGAGGAUGGGGACGAAUUCAUGAGCAGAAAAAUCGCGCUCCCCCUCUCACCUUGUUGAGCCGUCCCAUACCCCCUUGACUGCUGUGCAUCCCCACGCUACCCCUGAAGUCCGGUGCGUACGCACUAACUCUCAUCCACUACCCUUUAACAGUUGGACAUGCAUACGUACUCUCUCACACACACACACACACACACCUGACAAGGUUAGCCUAACCAGUCAGGCUAUCAGAACAAAACUACAUUGUCCCCCAGUCUGCAAAUACAUCCUCAAUUAUAAAUUCCCAGUCAUUGUCACCACAAGCCCGUCUUGGCCAUGGUUUUUUGCGCGCUUCAUACAAAGAAUGAAUCCCGGCAACCGGCUGCGUAGGGGUCUUGAGAAAAGUCCUAUGAAUGGUAGCCCACAGCAAAUAAACCAAUGUUGAACCCACGUAGACACCUACUUUAUUGCUUCCCCGUCGUGAGUUUGAGCAAAUAUUUCUUCCCAGUGCGUGCUGUCGUCAAUGCGAUUUAGUAGAUUUGAUGAUAUAAUAUAUUAGUUAAUUAAAUCUGGUUGUUGUGUGGUGAAUGCUCGGUAUGUCUUUGGUGCGAUUAAAGGGGACUUUUUAAGGUUAUUCAUCGCGCCAAAUCUUAUAUACAGCCUUUGUUGGUUCGCGCUAAAAAAGACAGAAAGAGUGAGGCCGGUUCAGCCUGAGUUACUUCUAUUUUAGUAAAUACUAUUAUGACAGUGGGUGCUCGCCAAUCAGGUUACGGAACAUGCUCGUUCCGUUGUGCCUUGGGGCUCAUACUAGAAUCCUCGCAGGCAGUCGCACAGCGACUAGUGAUCCACACUUGGGUUUGGGUAUGACUGGCUGAUGACGGCUAAUAAGCCGGAAAUGGCCAUUCCGGUCUCCCUUGUCUUUGUCGGUACCACCCGAUUUACAUCAUUCUACUAGUCGCUGUGCGACUGCCUGCGAGGAUUCUAGUAUGAGCCCCAAGGCACAACGGAACGAGCAUGUUCCGUAACCUGAUCGGCGAGCGCCCACUGUCAUAAUUAAUAUUCCCGAUCACAACCGACAGGACAACGGGCUCGUGGCUCAAUGGUAGAGCGUCAAACUCCAUGACCAAACAUCCCGGGUUCUAAUCUCAAGUGAUUCACACUGGGGGUUGAGUAUGACUGGCUGAUGACGGCUAAUAAGCCAGAAAUGGCCAUUCCGGUCUCCCUUGUCUUUGUCGGCUCCAUCUCAUCUGAGUAAAUACUAUGUUCAAAAGGCAAUUUGGCGAGCAUACGUCUGCUCUCGAUAAAUUUUCUUUCGGCCUCUACGUACAUAUGGCUAUUGAAGUAGUGAAUUAAAAGAUAUGGGCAAGUAGAUAAUUAAGCUGUUGCUCGGGCUUGGGGAGGGGAGGGUGAGAGUGAAACAGCACAAGGGAGAAAGCGGGUCCCGGCGAAGAUAAUUACAUGCGGGUGGCUGGCUUGGUGACUUUGAGUCAUGACAGCCGUGGGACCUGUAUGAAGUUAUUCUGUGCUCAUAUGACCGGUCCGUGUAGCCUGAUUGCAGCCGCCUCUGCCGUAGCCAACAAGCGAUGCCCAAGUUGUUUUGGAUAGCUUGAUGGGACCUUGUAAAUCACUCUGAAUGUCUCUCUGGCGUCUACACGGUGGUCUGUGGCUACCAUCUGCUCGAGGAUCGAGCUGCUGGUGUUCUUUAUUUGAUCCUACACAGCACAACUGAGGCCGCAAAGCAAAUGUAGACUAACGUUACCACCACGGCGAGGGAAGAUCUUCUAAAUGCCCCGAUUGUCAUUCCGAGUCCAGGUGCUUGAGCAUCUAGGAGCCCGUCUACUCUCAGGCAUCCUGAUUGACCCAAAAACGUGCCCCACACAGGCAAAGGGAAAACGUUCAUUGUAAAUUUAUGUUGUUUCCUACACUGAACUGUAUCUGGAGUCCGUUUUGGAAACAAAUGAAGCCGGAAGUUCUUGGAAUUCGAUGACAAGUGUCUUUCAUUGGCUGCAGAUGUUUUCCUGCGACCUUGGUCUCGGUGUAAGAGUGCAGGCAUUGACAUAUCUGGCGACUUAUCUGCCUUUGGCAUGAAAACUUAGGCACUGGACACAUUAAAAUCGUCUAGUAACUAAGCCCGUCACAAAGCUGACAUCGAUACCCGCCCUGAGGCCCACCUGAGUGGUAAUUUUGACGACAAGCGUUUCGGCUUUUAUCCGAUUUCAAAACGCGUUUAUUUGAUCACUUACGGUGCAGUAUAUAUGCUACUUUCAUGAGGUGUCGACUGAAAUUUGAAAACUGUUUUUAAUUCGAAAAGAUUAGUUAACGGUUGUUGUCAUAUUAAUAAUCCUGUCAAAUGAUCUUAAGAUAUUCUAGUCAUGUCAGGAUGCCAGCUUUUGAACGAGCUGAUUAUCGACCGCUGACACAAACUAUAAAAAUACAUCAAUGUUUGGGCUUAGCCAAGUGACAAAGGCAUGACGUAUCUUCGAUUUCAAGUUUUUCUAGUCACAGUCCUCAUCUCUUCCUUGAUUUCCAUCAUACACACUACCUAGAUGAGAGGGAUUUGGUGACUUCUAAUAUAUGUAAGGUAGUUUGUUUUGUCCAGUGUUCAUACAGAUACUACUUCUUUUGGGCAAUUUGGCAUGAAAACUUAAACUGGAUUGUUGUAAGGCUGUCAUUUUUUGGAAAUUAGAAGUGUUGCCAAUUAACAAGCCCGACUUUGUGUUUUCCUAACAGACAGCCGAAGCAGCCGUUGGGGUCGACCUACAAAAGGAGUUCGCUCGACAGCGGGAACACCUGGAACACUCGAUGGCGGGUCUGCGGAAGAAGUUGGCCAAGGACUCUGAAGUUCACAAGUCUGAUUACGUCCGCAUCAUGCAUGUAAGGAUUUGAUGAAUUUUUCGUAACCGGUAUUUCAGGACCCUCUGUCUAUGGUGAAUAUUCCCUUUAACCUGCAAUGCACACAUGACAUCCGCUUAGGAAACGAACUCCAACAAGAUUGGCAAAACGUACUGGGAAACACAAGUUGAGUGAAAUGGUAGCAUAACACCUCUGGAAGACUGAUACCACAUGUUUUGUCUGUGCAUCUUCUUCCCCUUUGUGUGCUCGGAGCAUUUGCACCCCGUAACUACAGGUAUAAACUAAACCACAGUUAGAAGUGUACACACGCAAGGCAUCCUUAGUGGUUCCGACUGGGCAGAUCGUCUUGACCGCCCACGCCAUCCUCUAGACCUACGAUAGCACUCGCUUAUGCUACUGUACGGCUGCUGGCAGGGCUCGAGAGAAAGAUGCCCAAGGCACAGCGGGAAGAGUAAGUUCCGUAACGCAGUCGGUGCCCGUCCCCCUACAAAAGAACCCCUCUCGUGUAGCACGCGAAACCCUUUUCACUUAACGCACACAGGCGAUCUUACUGUAACCAGUGUUACCCAAAAUUCACAGUUGUUAAACCCAUCAGCGUAAAGAGCACGCCUAACCUGAUAUGUAUAUGAAUAAACGUAAGUAGCCUUGUCGCAGGGCACGCUUACUCAGGCUGAAUGAUCCUAAAAUCGUUCCUUUACUGCGUUUUUGCUAAUUGUCAAGAAACGGCGAAUGCAAUCCUAUUUGAUGGCCGGCAAAAUUUUCAGUGUCGUAAUACCGAAGUGGUCAAUGGGCUUUUGUAGGUAAGCGAUAUGUCAAGUCAGUGUCCAGUCACGUCUGGUUCAUUUACACUGAAUGGUCCACGGUUUGUCAUGCUGAAAACUUGCUUAGGUCGCAGCUUACCAUCUAUGCGAGUCGUUCAACUAUUCUCGACCUCUGGACAAGUCAGGCGGGUCUCAGUUAAGCAAACGGGUAAAGUCCGUUUUCUCGGAUCUAUGGUGUGCGUUGCUGAAGUGGGCUGUUUUGAACAAUUAUUAUCCUGUCGGUUUGCCGGCUGCAAUUGGCUUAAAUUUUUUAAUGUUUUCGGUCUUUGCUUAAUUAGCCAUAUUGUAAAGUCGAAAAUCCCUCAUAACUACUGUAAGAACUCCCUAAUUCGAAGCGAUUUUGGUGGUAAAUAUGCAGCUUAUUUAUCAUCUUAAUUGUAAGAGUGUGAGUCUCUGACAUUCAUAAGAGAUUAAGAGGCUUCUUUUGCAUUCAAGUGAGUUGUAGCAUCCUGUGCAAUACAAAUUUAGCGUGAUACUCAGAGGUAGAAUAAUUUUGCUGUACGAUCCGGAGAAAAAACUGGAGGAGUCAGAGCCUGGAGGUUCUAAUAUUUGAAUUUUCAAGAUGCGGUCACUGACAAGCUCGAACAAAGCCUGAAACAGGAUGGACUGAAAUUUGUUGAAUUGAACAAGGAAGAUGGUGGAUGCGCUCUUUAUAACACAUUCUGCACAAAACUCGGCAAUGCUUCUUGACGGUGAUUAUACCACUUGGAUUAAGAGAACUAACAGGAGCAAUAUCAGCCGUAGACAGUUAAGUGGCCACCAUUCUUUCAUUUAGGCGCUCAACUGAGAUUGUACUUUUCUACCGUGUGUCGCUGCAAUCAGUGCGAAGAACAGAACGUGUCCGUUUAUCGUGGGGAUUUUCUCUCUCUCAGCGUGCGUCACAGUCGUACACUGAAAGAAAAACGAUUUUCUUCAAAAAGUCUGCAUACAGCGGACCUUGUGACGCCGAGCUGGUUGCUAUUAGUUCAGUUGUUUUUGUAUGAACUCAGCCUAUUUAAUCUUAUUUACAUUCCACAACACAUCAGAUAUAAACCUGCUUAAACGCAACUUCACGGACUGGCUAACCGUUGCUCGUAGCUCAGAAUUGGUGCAUUUUUUCUAACUCACAGUCACAAAGAUCGAGGUGAUCUACCUUUAUUAUAUCGUAAUCUUGUGGUUUCGGCAAAACUACUUAGAGUGACUGACAUAUUUUCGGAUAUUCUAAUAAUAUUUUCUUCAGCUCCAGCUACAAUUAUUUAUUUUACAAGCAAGGGAACGUGCAAAAGUUCUUCCCCGUGUUGACUUCGAAAUUCCAACCCACGUCUUUAAUGCCAUCAAACAGACUCCGUUGUGUAAGCAUAACGAGUGUGUGCCAAGUUUAGAGAUGAUAUUCGACACGCAUGUUAUCAAGUGAUUUAUUCGUCUACAGAUCCCAAAACAGCGCUAGAGAAACUAAGCCUUUACUUCCAAGUAAGCCUAUGUAGACUGCUGAGAACGAAAUAAUGUCUUGGUUCUCUCCACGCCCUUUUUCCCAUGCCCACUUUUAGGAGAACGUGAAUCUUAUCGAAGAAAUCAAUAAGCUACGCGCUGAACUGAAACUUGGUCGAAACCGUAUUCGAGACUUGGAGGCGACCUUGGGCAUCAACCGGCGACAGGGUGAGGCCGCACGGAAGGUAUUGGAGAGGAUUGUUGGCCGCCGUCCGAACCCCGUGAUCGUACAGGAGCUAGAGGAGGCCCACCGAGCUCUGUUGUCACAACAGAAAUUCAUGGGCCUACUACACGAACAGAUUCGCACUGAACAGCAAUGCUCCCACAAUACGGAGGCUGAUCCAAGACCCUUGGUCGGACCCAAUACUCGCCCCCUACCACCAAUCGACGGAGGCUCUCAACAGGAAGACUAA